CUGUGAUCUAGUGCUUCAGAGUCUCAGACAAACUUUUAAAACAAUACCCACCCGACGCAAGAGAGGCGCAGCCAUCCCAGGGUCGCCGCCGCCGCUGCAAGAACUUCCUAGCCUCUUUUGUCAAGAAUCUUAACAAAGUCGAGACCUUUGAAGCCCGACGAAGGUUCAUUCGCUGAAAAACCAUCAUGAAUUUUGUCAACGUACUUUGUAAAAGACUAAAUUUGAAGGAGUUGGUCACAAAUACUCCAGUUUACAGCUCAGCUGCAGAUAUAGCUGGAGGUGCAUUCAACACUUCAUUUAGGCGUUGGGCUACAAAAAAGACUGCAGGUUCUACAAAGAAUGGACGGGACUCGAAUCCCAAGAAUCUUGGAGUGAAGAAGUUCGGUGGAGAGAGAGUUAUUCCUGGAAAUAUAAUUGUUCGUCAAAGAGGAACUCGGUUUCAUCCAGGUAAUUAUGUGGGAAUGGGGAGGGAUCACACCUUGUUUGCUUUGAAAGAAGGUUCGGUCAAGUUCGAGCGUAACAAAAUGACUGGACGCAAGUGGAUUCAUGUUGAACCAAAGGAAGGACAUGUUCUUCACCCGGUUUACUCAAGUGCCACAGCUGCUGAGCUCAAAACUGCUGUUUAGCUUCUCUAUUUGUUUUAAUCUGACAUGGGUCUUUCUGAUGAACACAUUUUCAACAAAAUUCAUGUAGUUUUUUACUGGGACUUUACUUGUUCUGAGAUAUGGUCUGGUUUGAUUUUAUUUUAGAAACCAUAUAGCUCAAGCUUCUAUUUUAUUA